CGCUGCGGCGAAGGCAGGAGCAGAGGAGGCGCGGGGCGCCCGCCUGCGCUGCUGCGGGAAGCCGGAGGCGAAGCGAAGCGAGGCGGUAGCCCACAGCCCCACAGCCCGGCGGGAGGACCCUCUCGACCCCCCCCCCGGCCCCCGCCAGGCGGCCUUUCUCUGCGCAGCGGUGGCAGCGGCAGGCGGGAUGACGGCGGAGGAGAUCAAAGCGGAGGGGGCUGCCUUGGAAGGGGCGGACAUCACCCCCAAGCGGGAUGAGGGCGUCCUCAAGGUUGUCAAGAGAGAAGGCAGCGGGACAGAGUCUCCAAUGAUAGGUGAUAAAGUGACUGUCCAUUACACAGGAUGGCUUCUUGAUGGCACAAAAUUUGACUCCAGUCUGGACAGGAGAGACAAAUUUUCAUUUGACUUGGGGAAAGGAGAAGUCAUCAAAGCAUGGGACAUUGCUGUAGCGACUAUGAAAGUUGGUGAAAUCUGUCGGAUUACAUGCAAACCAGAAUAUGCCUAUGGCUCAGCUGGAAGCCCUCCAAAGAUACCUCCCAAUGCUACACUGAUUUUUGAGAUAGAACUUUUUGAGUUCAAGGGCGAGGACCUCACUGAUGAAGAAGAUGGAGGCAUCAUCCGAAGAAUCCGUAAAAAAGGGGAGGGCUACUCCAAGCCCAACGAAGGAGCAAUUGUAGAGAUCCAGUUUGAAGGCCAAUAUGGAGGUCGUGUUUUUGACAGGCGAGAAUUGCAGUUUGAGAUUGGAGAAGGUGACAAUUAUGAUCUUCCUCAUGGUCUGGAGAAGGCAAUUCAAAAAAUGGAGAAAUCGGAGGAAUCUGUGUUCUAUCUCAAACCUAAUUACGGUUUUGGAAGUGCUGGGAAGGAGAAAUUUCAGAUCCCUCCAGAUGCAGAGCUGCAGUAUGAAGUGAAACUCAAAAGCUUUGAAAAGGCUAAGGAGUCUUGGGAAAUGAACACAGAUGAGAAGCUGGAACAAAGCUGCAUCGUGAAGGAGAGAGGCACUCAGUACUUCAAGGAGGGGAAAUACAAACGGGCAGCAUUACAGUAUAAGAAGAUUGUGUCAUGGCUGGAGCAUGAAUCAGGACUCUCUGAUGAGGAGGAUGUAAAAGCCAAAAGCUUGAGGCUUGCUGCCCACCUUAAUCUAGCUAUGUGUCAUCUCAAGCUGAAGGAAUACUCCCAGGCUUUGGAGAACUGCAACAAGGCUCUUGAAUUGGAUAGCAACAAUGAAAAAGGCCUCUUCAGGCGUGGAGAAGCACACUUGGCUGUCAAUGACUUUGAGUUGGCCAGGGGAGAUUUCCAGAAAGUCAUACAAAUUUAUCCAAGUAACAAAGCUGCCAAAGUGCAACUGGUAACUUGUCAGCAAAAAAUACGGGAGCAGCAUGAGAAAGAGAAAAAGAUGUAUGCCAACAUGUUCCAAAGGCUUGCAGACAAAGACUUAAAGUCAGCUGCUGCUCUUCAAACCAGCCACGCUGAAGAUGAAGAAAUGAAAGAUGAGCGGAAUGGAGUUGAAGAUAAAUCGGAAGUUGACACAGAAGCAUAAAACCAAACCCUAUUCCAUUAGUUUUGUAAAUGAAAGAAUUUCCAGUGAAUUAGACCUUUAUUUUUCUACCUGGUUGGACAGUGGCUUCAGGGGAGCAGAGGCUGAUGCCACCAUGCCACAGUCAGUUACAGCUUUGUAUGUCUGUUGAAGAAGCUGAGUGGCAGCAUAAAUCUAGUUUAAUCCUAGGGAGUUUAUUUAUUCAUUCAGCUUCUGUUACUGUUUGGGUUCUGUCUGGAUUUACUCUGCUUGGCUUAUUUGCACUUUUGCCAUUGGUGUAUGUCUCUUUCUGGUUCCAGCUCACUUUAAUUCCAGGUUCUGCUUCCGAAAUUUUAAUUUCCUUGAUUUCUUUUGACUAAUCGGCCUUUUCCAUGGGUCCUCACGUGACACUUGAGAACAAAUUGGCGCUCCCAGUUCUUCUGCCUUGGCAUUGCCCCCUUCCCUCCUGUUCAGUAGGGAGUCCUUUCCAUUAAGUGUUGUAACCUUUCUUGUAUGCCUCCUCUUUACAAAUUGCUGAAGACUGUGAAGUCACAGCUAAAGUAAUAAAGCUCCAAUUAAACUCGAGAAAACAGAA